GCACAAAGUUAGGGGGGAGCUGUACGAGGUUUUAACUGACUGUCAUGCCCAGACUGUAAGCUGUUUUUUAACUGUGUUGGUUGGGGUGUGAUGGUGACUUGGGUGGGUUAUCUAGGUGAAUUUGUAUUUCUAUGUUGGCCUGAUAUGGUUCCCAAUCAGAGACAGCUUUUUAUUGUUGUCUCUGAUUGGGGAUCAUAUUUAGGCAGCCAUUUCCCCUUUGUGUUUGGUGGGAUCUUGUCUAUGUUUAGUUGCCUGUCAGAACUAGUUGUAUAGCGUCACGUUUCAUUUGUUCGUUCUGUUGUUUUUGUUCGGUGUUCAUUCAUUAAAAGUAAUAAUGUACGCCUACGACGCUGCACCUUGGUCUCAUCCUUAUGACGAACGUGACACUGACUUGCCUAGUUAAAUAAAGGUAAAACUUUUUUUUUUAAAUAGUCAGUCAGUUAAAUAUUAAGUUGGUAAGUCAGUUAGUCUCUCAGUCACUCAGAUAGUCAGUCAGUCAAAUAGUCAGUAUGUUAAAUAGUCGGUCAGUGAGUCAGAAAGUCAGUCAGUUAAAUAUUAAAUUGGUAAGUCAGAUAGUCAGUCAGUCAAAUAGUCAGCCAUUCAAUCAGUCAGUCAGUAGGUCAGUCAGUGAUAUUCUAUGUCAUGACUAGUCUGUCAGGCAGAUAGUCAGUCAGUCAAAUAGUCAGUAUGUUAAAUAGUCGGUCAAUCAGUCAGAUAGUCAGUCAGUUAAAUAGUAAAUUGGUAUGUCAGAUUGGCUGUUAGUUAGUCAGUCAGUCAGAUAGUCAGAUAGUCAGUCAGUCAGAUAGUCAGUCAGUCAGAUAGUCAGUCAGUCAGUCAGUCAGUCAGUCAGUCAGUCAGAUAGUCAAAUAGUCAGUCAGAGAGUCCGUCAGUGAUAUUCUAUAUGUCAUGACUGUCCUAUGAGGAUCGGAAUGGGUCAGAUUAGCUUGGCAAUGGAAUACAGUAACCAGACCCUCUGUCACCCACAGAAGAGGGGAGGAGGGAGCUGCUGCCGGGUUGACAGCUCAUGCCCUGUUGUAAAUUAAAGGAGAAGAAGACUCUCUCUCCCUCUCCAGUAUUAUCCAAAGGAAUGUACUUUGUUAGCAGACUUUUCCCGCCGGAACUCUAACUACUGGAGUAAUAUUUCUAACAUAAGAAUGUGGGGAAUAGUCAGUGGUGAGCUAUAGAAAACUAAUGUCAUAUUGGUUUUUAUUUUGUGAUGUCUUUAAAAUUGUUAAAAAGGAAAUACUGUAACUUGAAAAGUGUAUAUACACUACAUGUACGAAGUCUCCGUGCUUAACGUUGUAUAUGAAAUAUGAAAAAACUAUAAACAUAUUUUUGAUAAGAUAGGAAUGUGAUUUUAGGAGCCAUAAUAGAAUUUGUCUCCUGUAAACUUUGCAUAGUAAGUAGCCACUCCCAGAGUGAGGUCUGAGAGUGUGUCAGCCUGACGGAACCGUCCAUUUCGAACCAGAGUGCAUAAAAGGAUUAGCAGCUGCGCAUGUAAAGUGGUUUGAACCCUAAAUACCAACACGAGGUGUAGAAGACAGCUCACCUCUCGGACAAUCACUGGUACGGCUGAUUAGCUGUCCUAAGAAGAGUAUCUAGAAAAGUGAAUUUAAGUGGGACCAUUCUCUACUCUUCAAACCAACAUAUUCUACUACUCUCAUUACCACUGAGAACCAUCUACACAGCUGGCUAGCAUAUCUUCAAGUAAGCUUCAGGAGUGAAUGGAAAGUAGAAAAAACUCUGUAGUUCUGUUCAGGACUACUGGACAAGUCAACAGGCAGAGGAGAGAAACAAUAUAAAAGACAGGUGAACAACCCCUUUUGGACAAUAAGAGCCUUACAAGUGUCCCGCGAAAAGGCCCAACAGCGAACCAAGGCAUUGACACAUAAAUACAUUCAUGAUUUCUUACUCCGAACGGGCGGCUGUUCGUGUGGAAAGUAUAUGAUUACUGUGGGAAUAGUUUCUAAAAUGUGUCAACGAUAAGUGUCUCUUUCUCUCUGACUCCCUCUCCAUGUCAUAGUGUAAAAAGCCACCAGAAGCAGGAGGGUACAACUGUUCAGAAUGAUGAUAUGAUAAGAGGUUAUGAUUAAUAUGUUGACUGUUUUAUGGAUGUGAUAGGUAAAGACCUUUAGGGUUUAAUUCGGGAGAUGGUAACUCUUUAAACAACCGCUCUCGUGGUGCCCCAAAUCUUAAUGAGUUAAUUGUUACCUGAUUAAUUAAAUCAGGUAACAUUUAAACAUUGUUAGUUGUUUGGAUAAAUAACAGUCAUCAUAUUAAAUGAUAGUAAAGUCACAACAUGUAUAAAGAAAAUGGUAUAUGAGAGUAUAAUGGGACCAUAGACACUUAAUGCCACUCAAAGUCGCUUAAAUGUCAAUGCUACUUCACUGAUGACAUGUGUGAGCUGCUGUCAUAACUCUUUGUGUCAGAGAGGUGUUGCUCUGUCUCUCAUGGGUCUGUGGAGACCUGAUGUGACACAGUGGUGUGUCCCAAAUAUGUCAGGCUGACAGACAGACAGGGAGGCAGACAGGCAGACAGAGAGAGACACACAGAUAUGCAGACAAAGUGUUUUCAUUCUACUUCCUACAAGUUUCAGUCAGUGCCCACAGGCAUAAUCCACAAUUUGUCAUGUCUCUCACACAACAAUAUCUUUAACAUAAAAUGCUGUAGCAAUAUAGCCCUUUUUACAUUAGCAGUGUCACAAGUGCUUUACAGAUACCCAAUCAUUGCUAUUGUCAGCCAAUCAGACACUGUUUUACCUCUCAAAGCUGCAAUGGACCUAAAUUGUUUCAAAUGACGGGGGUGUGGUGAACUGUGAAACUAUGAAAGGUUGGAACAGACAACUUUAACUUGUUAUCAUUAAUAACUGCAUUGUCAGACAACGUCCAUUCCAUCAACUUUAUCACACUGCGAUUUGACAGGAUAGGACAGCGGAUACAGAAAACAUUUAGACCGUGAAAGUACUUUGAGUUUCUCUUCUUCCUCUUCUCCAGUGGAUUGAAGCCUAAAUAACCUCUGUGGCUGAAAAUCCCUGGAGCUCAGGAUAAGGACUCUGCACUCUGUUAAAGAGGAAAUAAGGGUUUACUGUUGGAGGAAAAUGACUAUUUCUUCUUAAGGUUGCCAUUGACCAGCAUCUUAAUCAGUCUGUCUGUCUGCUUGUGCCCUGAAAAGCCAAGUAGAGCACCGUGUAGAGAGGUUUGAGUUUUCAACAGUCAAAUGUAUAAUACUGUCGUAUUGAGGAAACCUAUUGUCACAAAAACACCAUAGAAAUGUCAGCACCUUUUGGCCGUUGUGGCGGUGGAUUUUAACAGGCUGUUUUCACAGCAAACAAUUAUGACACAUGAAGUGACACUUGAAGGGGGCUUUUGGGACUUUUUGGAGUGCAGACCCGGAGUUCUGCUUGACUACACAACACCAGAUUCAAGACAACAGAAGACGGGAGAGGGCAAGAGUACUGGUACAGAGAGAGGCAGGCAGGUAAUAACAACUUGCAGUAUGGGAAUGAGAUUUCCCCUAAACCACAACCCAAGGUGCCAGGCACAUAGUGCUACAGGGUAGCACCAUUCAAUAUUAAAAACAUGACUGAUUUAUAAGGCAAAUUUAAAAUAGGGUAUUUCACCACAACCCACAAUGUAACAUUACGUAUUACAUGGAGGAAACCCAUGUCGCACCAAAUCAUGUUUUAUUAUAGUUUUUGCUGCUCUGAGGAACACCAUUGAGGAACAUUGUUAGCAUCAACAGAAUCCAUGUGCAUGGUUUCCGCUAGCAGCUAGUGGAUAGCUGACAUGGGAAUCUUACUCUGCCGUUUCGGUGCUGUUGACUAUGUGAUUGUCAAUUUAUCAAGGGGUGGAUAUAAUCAAUACCAUCAUUGAUUUUAAUUAGGAGCAGGAUGAGAGGGUAGUUGAUUAUCACACGUCUGCAAUCAGGCUGUUAUUGGAUGCCUGUCCUCUAAACUUCCCCUUUAUUGUCCUAUCCCACUCUAAUCAAUGACAGCUGGAAAGAAAAUAUCAACACAGAGACUGGUCGUCUUGAUUGGCUAAAACAGGAUAUCAGAACAGCUGGAUAGAAAUUAUCAACGCAGAAACUUGUCCUGAUUGGCUAAAACAGGAUAUCAAUACAGCCGACAGUAAAUAAUCAAAGUAAAUAAUAAUCAAAGAUGAACUUGGCACACUGCAGUGUAUUAGCGCUGGUUUUAAAACAAUACUAACGGGAGAUUACACGCACCUGCGUGCUAAAAUAAUUUAAAUAAAAAAAUAAAGGUAUGAGUAGAUUGGGUGAAUUCUUGUUGUUACCAUGCUAAUGCCGGACAGCUGUGUCUAUGUUCUCUAUUCCAGCCCCCAGUUAAAUAACGAUCUAUAGGAGCUUUUCAACGUCAAUUACUUCCAUUAAAAAAUGGACUUGAUAUCCGCACCUCAGUGGAAAUUUGAACAAUAAUAAAAAUCCCCAUUAAAAUCUGUAGGUUUACGCCAGAGACAUCUGUUUUUGCUUGGAAUGAGUCUCAAUCAACCGCAUCUGCCAAUAUUGUCCUUCGGCAUCUGCGGUUAAAGGUUGCAGAGCUAGAGCUGUGUUUGUCAUGACCAUGAGACAUCCCGAAAAUCUGUCUUCUCAUGAAAACGUAUGUAGUGUCUGAACAAACUAUUAUACUCUAUGGAAAGACCAGACGCUCACGAACAUAAUGGUCUUCUUUGUUUUGCUCUAUGACCCCUACAAGCGUCUGAAGUCGGUACAGGUGGGAUGUCAUAGUCCGAGUUCCUUGGAUAUCUGAGAGACAUUGAGGAACCAGUGCCACCAUGGACUCCUGGGUGUUCCCCUCCUCGCUCCCCAACCUAACCGAAGAACCCCUGAUGUACGACAGCUUUAUUCUGGGCAACGAGUCAACGGAACCCAAUGUUACCUAUGCGGGCGACAACACGUUCAACCAGACCAGCACCAUGGUCAUCACCUUCCUCUACUUCCUGGUGUGUGGUAUCGGUCUCUGUGGCAACGCCCUUGUGAUCUACGUCAUCCUGCGCUACGCCAAGAUGAAGACGGUCACAAAUAUUUACAUCAUGAAUUUGGCAGUCGCAGAUGUUCUGUUCAUGUUGGGGUUACCGUUCAUCGCCAUUCAGCUGGCGCUGGUCCACUGGCCGUUCGGUGCGGUGCUGUGCCGCGUGGUCAUGACUGUGGACUCACUCAACCAGUUCACCUCCAUCUUCUGCCUUAUGGUCAUGAGCAUCGACCGCUACCUGGCCGUUGUGCACCCCAUCCGGUCCACCAAGUGGCGCAAGCCACGUAUGGCCAAGACCAUCAACCUGGCGGUGUGGGGGGUGUCACUCCUGGUCAACCUGCCUAUCAUAAUCUACAGCGGUUUAAUCACCAAGCACAACAGUUGCUUCUGUACCAUCGUGUGGCCGGAGCCUGAGGAGGCCUACUACACCGCCUUCAUGUUCUACACCUUCGUCCUGGGUUUCUUCCUCCCGCUAAUGGUCAUCUGCCUGUGUUACCUUCUCAUCAUCAUCAAGGUGAAGUCGUCAGGGAUCCGUGUUGGGUCCACUAAGAGGAAGCGCUCGGAGAGGAAGGUGACCCGUAUGGUGUCCAUCGUGGUUGCCGUGUUCGUCUUCUGCUGGCUGCCCUUCUAUGUCUUCAAUGUGACGUCGGUGACAGGAACCAUCUCCACCACGCCCUUCCUGAGAAGCACCUUUGCCUUCGUGGUGGUCCUGGGUUACGCUAACUCGUGUGCCAACCCCAUCCUUUACGCGUUCCUGUCGGAGAACUUCAAGAAGAGCUUCCAGAACGUUCUGUGUCGGAAGAAGGUGGGCGGGCUGGAUGUGAUUGAGCGCAGCGACAGCAAGCAGGACAAGUCGCGCAUGAUGAAUGACCCCACGGAGACUCAAAGCACGCUGCUCAAUGGAGACCUGCAGACCAGCAUUUGAUGCUUGUUAAUUUUAAUGCAUCCCUUAUGUGUGAUCUAUACAGACAUCUUUGAUUUCACAUCAACUCUCACAAGCUCAUCACACACAAACAAAUAAACUAACAAAACGCGCACACACACACACACACAGAGAGAGAAACAAACACACAGGUGUUUCUGCAGGUGGAAUCGGUCAUCCUGACCUGUUAUCAUGCCCUAUGAACAGCUCACAUAGGGAGAGUGAUUGUAGUUGAUCUCAUGGUGUGAUAUUUUGUAAGCAUUUUCUUCUCCCUGUGGACGAGAUGAAAAAAAUGCCAAAGGAACUAAGCCCUCAUGGUGUCUGCUCCUCAACGGCUGUUAUCAUGUUCUUUAUGUCUCAUAUCUCUGUUUACCAACUCUCUCUUUACUUUCUCAAAAGACAUACAAUGACAUGACAUUGGGUUUUCCUGGUCGUAAAAACCCAUACAUUGUGAUAUCUUCAUAAAGGAGAGAAUACAAACUGUAGUUGUGACUGCUCUCCGGUGUUUGGGUGGAAAGCUGAAGAUGUGUACUGAGUGUAUUGACGCUGGUGGACAGUGACAGGAUCAUGUGAGGACCAGAACAGGGUUGUGUUCAUUAGGCCCCAAACGGAAGAAAAGGGACUGAAACCGGGAAGUGCUACCUGAAAUGGUCUAAGAAGAAAGAUGCGUUUUCCACUGCAGAGCACUUUGACAUGUCCCAGACUGUUACCUACGGUUACUGAUUGACAGCAGACGAGACUUAACCAUGGAGAACAAGGAUUCCCUGCACAGAUGUUUACACUAGCAGGGUGAACCACCACCUCAAUCAGUCUUUGUCACAUUGUCCUGUAGCCAAGAUAAAUAGCAGACUAGGACGUAGGAAGUAUGCCAAAGUGAGACUAGGACUAUAGCAGACUCACUGUGUGCAUAUUGUCUGUUUACAAAGAUUGUGUCCAAAAUGGUGGGCAGAAUGUGGAAUUAGUAACAUGCCUCUAUUCUUAGAUACUGUAUUACUUAACACAACAGUGAGCAGCAGGCCGCAUCACCUCUGGAUCACUAAUGACUUAUCGAAUGACUUACUACAGAGAGAGGAGGAACAGUAGAGAUACUGGGACUACUUUGAAAUGACAUAAAAACACAUGAUAUCCCUCAUGGUUAAUUUGCUGGCACAAGUACUGCUGAGACUUAUACUGUCCAAAUAUGGACUCCGUAAAGUCGGUUUAACAUUAUGGUUGACCUUAGUGGGUUUUUUUAACCUCAGAAAGACAUAUUUGCUGUGGACAAAUAUUCAUCAGUGAGUCAUGGACCUACAGCGCACAGCUGAACAGAGUUACAGAGUUGGAAUCACAUGACCUAAUGAUGACUGUAUGAAGUGCCCCGAUAACUAUGAAUGCACCCUUACUAUGUAAUUGAACAGUUUCUCUCUCUCUGUGUGUGUGAGAGAGUGAGUGUACACGUGUGUGUGUGUGUGUGUGUGUGUGUGUGUGUGUGUGUGUGUGUGUGUGUACUGUACACAGUGUUUUAUUUGAUACAGCAUUUAGUCCAAGGCCAUGAUUAGUAGAAGUGUAGAAUGAGUAGAUAUUGUACCCAAUAUGGGUACCAGGUGACCUCACCAGGAAAAACUCAGGGCCCAAAUUAUAAUUCUAGCCCAGUGUUUCUUGGUCAGAUCACAUGACCAGUAAGGGUGCAGAGUCCUACUACAGAGAUGAAUGCUGACAUUUUGUUAUGUUGACGGUAUUAGCAUGGCAUCGACCAAGGCUAAUCACUAACCAAACUGCUGCUAGACUGUAUAGACUCCAAUGUGUGCUGUAAUUGUCAAGUCAACAUUGUCAUGUCGUGGUUGAGAAUCAUUUAAUUCAUUUUUCGUCCAAGCUGAAUAGAACUGUUUGAUAGUUUAGAUAGCAAAGACAAUGCAUUUUUUCAAUCCUAUUGUCCAGUCCUAUUUGAAACCAUCCCUUGUCACGUUUCACCUCAUUCAUAAAUUGUUGCUAUUGCUGUUAUGUUGCAGUUACAGAAUAAUGUCCAGGAAAGACCAGUCUUUGCUUCAGCAGGUAUUGAAUACUGUAGUGGUCUUCUUUGCUGUAAAUUAAGCAGCGCUAAUCUGUUUCUCCAUCAAGCAUCAUUUCUUCAAAGCCCAAAGAACAAAUCCACAGUCUGAUCAGUUACAAUUCAAAAUGGCAGUCGUCAGAAACACUGCAGGUCAUGCUACAAACACCGAUAAAUCUCUACCGCAUCGUGGAUUCAUUAUUUGAAAUAGUUACCUUUAGUUUGGCAGCUGUUUGACCUGCAUCUGACCCACAUUUUAUAGCUGGUCUUCAGGCUUGCCGAGUCAUGUUGUGUUUGAGAUGCUGAGCUCAUCACAGGCUACCCAGGCCUAGGGCAGGACAAUCACCCACAUACCCCUACUAUUUCUGAGAGGUCAAGUCUACUCAUCCCAGGCCACCCAUGCAGGCCCAGGGCAGGACAAUCACCAACCUAUCCCACACUGCCUGACAGGUCAGCUCUGGCACACUGGCAUAUGGAGCAUUACCACUGGGCACACACUAGUUCAAUCAACAUUGUUUCCACGUCAUUUCAACGUGGAAUAGACGUUGAAUUGACCUCCGUUCCCAGUGUGCCCUCGCUUUGGGAGGUCAGAGGUCACGCUGAGGCCUCCAGUCUGAGCGAUGUGAAUUUGAGAAGGGCUAGAAAACAUUGUACCCCUACGGGGUUGCAACAGUGUUCAUUCUACUCCCCGUCAUCAUCACUCCCUAAAUCUCAGAGGUAUAACCUGUGGAUGGAUCUAUGCCUAUAUGGUAGUGUGUACUAUACUGUAGAUCUAGCUAGAACAGUCAGUACAAAGCCUUCUCCUCUUACAUAAAGGUUCACCUGACCCAAAGUGCCAUUGUCUCCAGGUGCCAUUGUCUCCAGGUGCCAUUGACGCCAUUCCAUUUGUUCUGCUCCAACCAUGAUUAUGAGCCGUUCUCCUCUCAGCAGCCUCCUAUGAUACAAUAGUUUAUAUUGGAUGUGUCUUUACAUUUUGAAUACCAUCACAUUUGAUUUGCAAUUGACAGAGCAGUGGUUCCCAAUACUGUUACGUGUGAAGGAGAGCUCAGGCUCCAUAAUCUGGCUUCAACCUCCAUUAUGAGUGGCCGGCUGUAUCUUUGCUUCGUGAAAAACCUUUUCAGAGCUUUUUUGACCAAUAAAACAUCUGACCAUGGCCUUUUUUUUUUCUUUUACAUUUCUCAUGCUUAUUAGACUUCAUUUGAGAUUAUAAUAUUACAUGCUGUUGUUCGUUUACAACCUGCAGUGGGUAAUAUGUUAGGAUAGCAGCACAUUUUCAUCCAACCAUGGCACCCUGGCUUGGCUACAUUGUCUGUAGACCUUACAGAAUGGGGACCACGACUACACAUCCUAUAAGUACUGAUGUAAAUUGAUAUGUUAUUAGCUAUACAAAGUUUCAGGCUGUUGUAGAACCGUUGCAAAUAGCUAGCCAACAUGGUUAUUGUGAUAUAAAAGGGCAACUCUAUAGCCUCCAUUCACCAUGUGUCCAUUACUCCUAUUAUUCUCAGUAGAUAGAAGUUGCUGGCUGCUAUGGAUGAUGAUGGUUGAUUAUCUUACGGUGACCACACUAGGACAUGCCCCUGUCCACACUAGGACAUGCCCCUGUCCACACUAGGACAUGCUCCUAUCCACUCCACUCUUCUCAACUAGAGUCUGUUGCUGAAUGGUUUAAUUUGUUUGCCUCUGUACAAGGAAUUAGUAUUGCUCAGGGGCAUUCGCUCUCUCCGAUUCCAUUCUGCCAUUAUGUAAUGUUUUUGUACAAAAUAUAUAUUUAGCAUUGUUAAUAUUAUUGCUGUUCCUUAGAAUUGUUUUUCCUUUGUUUGCUCAUAAAAGUAUUGCAGUU